AAAACAAGAUAGAACUUCCUUCGGACAUAGUAAUACUUAGAGAACAAUUGUCAGAUCUUAUCAAUUUUGUUUAUUCAAACUUAGUUGAAAAUUCUGGCAAUAUGAACUACAUGGUUGGCAGAGCCAUUUUAAUUUCAAAGAACGAUAAAGUUGAAAAAAUCUUUGACCUGAUUAUGAACCGGCUUCCAGGUGAAGUUUACACAUAUUACAGUGCAGACUUUAUAGGUUUAAAGGACGGUAAU